CUCCAACGAAUCUUCUUCCGCGAAAGAGGCGGCGGGUGCAUCCCCUGUGCACAAAAUUGAAGAAAACCUCCAGGCGUUCAACAAGUAUGAUGUGAACAAUUCCAGCAACCGACAGCACCAGAAGAUGGAAAUCGACACAACGUCUACAACCGGGAUGAUGAUGAACAAUGCUCCUGAAAGUAGUACAAAGGAUAAUGUGCUGAAUUAUCAGGAAGCAAACAGAAAAUCCGUGCGGCUGAUUAUGAACUGCUGCAUUCUGGUCACGAAAAUCACGUCUUUAAAUUCCUGGACGUAUCGGAAGGAGCUGACUGCGCUGCAGAAGAAAGCAGCGGCGAAGCGGAGCGAGCUGCAUAAGGAGAGUGAGGCGAUGAAGGCAAAAGAGAAGGAGAAGGAAGCGAAAUCCAAGACCGAGAAAGACAAAGAUGGUGGUACUGAAAAGAAAGCCGCCCAGUCUAGUACCUCUACCGCAGAAGCCGCAGGAGCUACGAGCGGCAGCACCGCAGGAGCUGCGCCUCCGAGCGGAAAGGAGGAUGCGGCCACCGCAGGGACAAAUAGCAGCAAACAAGUUCUUUCAUCGUCUAAAGUGGACAACAAGGCAGCUGCGGAGCAACAAAACGCGGAGCUCCAAUCGCUUGUGCAGCAGACAAACCAGUUGCAACAGCAAUAUGCGACCUUCGUCAACACCUAUGUGUCGAUGCGCAGUUACCUCGGCCAGGUGCUCGACGAGAUGCAGAAGCGCAAGCCGGAAAAGCACUGCACCACGUACAUCGGCAUUGUGCUUUCCGCUUUGGAGAAUCUUACCAAGCCGGAGUUCUGCUAUCUCCUCCGGAAUCUGCCGAGUAAUCCAGGCGGCAGGUCGAGCAAACACCUGAACAAAAGCCAAGGGGUAGCAGGUGCGAGCGGCGGCACGGCAGCGGCUUCAUCUUCCACCGGCGCACAACUCGGCAACGGGCAUCUCACGACGGGAGCGCAACAAGGUGGAAUUACUACUAACACUGCCCGGUCUACCCCGAUGAACGCAACAAACUCCUCUGCUAAUUCCUCCCCGCAAAACGCACCCCUGUCCGGCGCCGACUUUGCUCCCGCGAUGGCGCUCCUGGACCGGGCGGACUCGGUGGACCAGAAUUCGCUCGGUUUCUCCGUUCAAAUCGACGACAACAGUGCCAACGUGGACAUGUCCGCCUCGAUGGACCGCCCCUCCUCCGCGGCCCACAACAUGUUCGGGGGGAAUUUGGACCAGGACGAGUACGGAGAUCAUGACCACGACGAGCACGACGAAGACCUCGAUGACGAGGAGGAGGAGGACGACAUCCUCGAGGAAGAGGACGAAGAGGAGUACUAUGACGAUGAUGGACAGCCCAUCGACGUCGUCGACGAGCAGUACGACGGCGAGGAGGGGAUGGAUGAUAUGGGCAUGGACGAGGAGGGCGAGGAAUUCGGCCCCGAAACGGACGACGAUGAGGAGUUCAUGGGCGAGGGGGAAGAGUUUCUGAACGGCCUGUUCAACGAUUUGGGCGACGCGCACGGGACAAGUGGGGGCAGUCAGCAGUUCGCCGGGGAUCGGGAGGUGGGAACGUUAACCUCACAUGUUUUCAUGGGCGGCGGCGGCAGCGCACAGCACCCCUUCGUGGAGGUGGGUCCGGGCGGCGUGCCGGUUGUAGACUCGAGUGGAAGUCGAGGCCACUACCCCGUGGCCUUUGAUGCGGCGGGAAAUCCGAUCUACCACCGGACGGGUGGGGCAAGCGGUUGGCACCGGUCGUCCAAAGACCACGGUUCUGGGGCGCACGACCCAUUCGGAAACGCGCGCAAACCCGGCGACCAGAAGGAAAAGCAGCUGAUCAGUGGUGCCUUGGCGAACAUUUUGACCGGCGCGCCGUACAGUUCGGAGCUGGAGGAGAAGUGCAUCCACCCGUACUUCGGGGUUUGCUUCGAGCACACGUCGAUCCUCGCGGAAUUUUACCGCGCGAGGCGGAGGUUGGCGCGAUUUUUGGAUUUGUCCAUGUCCAGCACCGACCACGGCUGCGUGAGGCGGGAUAACGUGUUUUUCCCGCUGCCCUCGUGGCUAUUCUGAGUAAAAACGUCCCCACCCCAUAGUUGUCAUGCAAAUCAGCAUGGUGAAAAUGUCUCUCGUGCGGAUCCCCAUGAGAAGCAUUUUCCAGUCGCAUUUCGGAAUUUGUCAUGCUUAAAUCAGCAUGAUAUGCGAGGUCUGUGAUGCUGCUGACCUAGCUACACAGGACUACAUUACGAAGCCAAACUUGUCAUGCGCAGCAGCCAACGCUUGCCGAUUUGUCUUGCAGAUUUCCCAACUUGACAAUGGGGUGGGGACGUUUUUACAAAUGAUAGUGGCAGUCGACGGUUUACGUGAGUAGCACGAGCGGGCCGUUCUGCUACAACGAACAAAUUUCCGAGCUUAUCAAAAGGAAAAAUCCCCCCACCCCAUAUCAAAAAGAAGUUUCUGAUGCUGGAUUUCAGUACACAAAUCAGAUUUGUCUUGCCGUAGAGGACUGCAGGCAUAUGCCAAGCCUGAGCCGCGAUGUUUUGGCGUAGGCUCCUAGCAUGAAAAACGUCGAUGGUGUAGGCCCAACAACAUCACAAACCGCCUGCAUAAUGCGGCGGAUUCUCUGGAUCUGCCUGCAUGCAAGACAGGCAGGAUUUGUGGUCGCCAAUCCGCAUCACAGAUUUUCAGAAGGAUGCGCUUUCAAUAUGGGGAGGGGGGAUUUUUCCUCACAAUAGAGCUUUUGACGGACGGCGAAGACCGGUUUUACUUCAUGAGCGAGGGGAUUCCCGCACAGCUGCCCGGGAACUACGUGAUGCACAGCUAUCAGCCCAUCCAGCCGCCAGCAAUAUUGACGGCAGAGGAGUUGGGUUUGCCCGCGGACAUCUACAGCCUGCAUCCACCGGAGCGAUCGAACAGAACAUGUAUAGUAGAGUGCUUUUUGUUCGAAUUGUUGUUCGCUUUACAGACUUAUAGCAGCCUCCAACUUACUUGAUGAUGCCAAAUUCUAAAUUGAAAGUUAGCGCAUGAGUACUAUGAAUAGUUUUCUAUAAUUCCGGUCCUUUGCUCGCGAUCUGCCGUUUUUCUUACUUCAUGAACGGCAUCUGAUCUGUAGCAAAUCUAUAAACAAAGACCGCAAAAUGAUCUCGAAAAAUGGAUGUCCCGGUAUGUGCCCUUUCAUCAUGGCCUUAUCCCGGUAGUUUGUAUCGUCUUUUCGAACACUUUCUAUUUCGAAGUACAAGCAGUAUAAGAAAUGCCCGUUCUGCAAGAAUAGAGAGAUUAACGAUUUCGAUUUGUUUUCCUGUGAUCGAUCGUCCCGCCUUUGGGUCUGUUGGCGCUAGGACAGCGGUUAGCCCGUAGUCCCCUAACAGCUCCAGGGCUUCGAAGUGGGCUUUUUUUGAUCCGGGAGCUUUGGUCAGCGCGAAUCGCAGAACAAAUGGAAAAGCGGAUGUCCUAAUGCUCCUUGUUUUUGUGGGGCCUCUUGGUAGUUUGUAUCGUCUUUUCUAACACUUUCUACUUUGAAGUACAACCAGUGGUAUAAGAUAUGCCCGUUCUGCAAUAAAGUGAUUAACGAUUUCGAUUUGCUUUCCUGUGAUCGAUCGUCCCGCCUUGGGUCUGUUGGCGCUAGGUCAGCGGUUCGCCCGUAGUCCCCUAACAGCUCCAGGGCUUUGAAAUGGACUUUCUUUGAUCUAGGAGCUUUGCUUCAAGCGAAUCGCAGAACAAAUGGAAAAGUGGAUGUCCUAAUGCUCCUCGUUUUUGUGGAGCCUCUUGGUAGUUUGUAUCGUCUUUUCUGACAAAGCGCGUAAAUUUACAGUAUGCUUGCAAUUGUAUUCCAUCCUACACGGAACGUGUCCUUCACUCCGAAGGCUUCCUUUCGAUUCGUGUGCCAGAUCUGACGCUCCGACCAUGUAGACGUCAUGCGGAUCGGCACCAAAAACAUUCGAAUCGCAAAACAAACUGAAAAAUGGAUGGUCCUCAAAGUCGCUUUAAUUUCGUACGACUCCCUGAGUAGUUUGUAUCGUCUUUUCAAACAAAAUUUUGCACACACUUAAAAUUUCCUUAUUUUUCAUUACAAAGUCACUUGCAGUUUCUCUACUUCAACCAAAGAAAGGGCGAAUCACUCACAUAACAGCUGCCGCCAGUGCUGCCAAUCCAAUCCCGAUCUACGAAUCGCGCACGAACAGCCGGCAAUUGGAUCGCCAGGGGAGAUUGCAACACUUGGGCAGCGUUGCGGUGUACAACCUGAUAGACGAGAUGGUGACGGACGCGCCCGCGCAACCCGAGCAAACGGCCAUCAGCCCGGGCGCAGAGUCUUUGAUGGACCGCGCCCUGGACCAGGCGGUAGAGAUGGGGCUCGGCGACAGCAGCAGCAGUGCGACGAAUAAUGCUCGUCCAGUGCGCGACAAUCCGAACGCGGGGAUGACGCAGACGCAGAGAGCAGCGCUUCAGGCCGAGGUGGCGGUGCUGGAGCGAUCAGCCCGCGAGGCGGGCUUGCCCGAGCUGCAAGCCGAAGUCGACCGACUGCGGCAGGCCAUCGACUCCGUUGGCGCAGCAGCAGACGCGGCAGCCGCGCGAGCGGAAGCGGAUGCCGCGACUGCGAUGGAAGUGGAGCCCGCGGCUGCCGUGUUAUUCCGGGAAACAGUCGUGAUCGAAGGUCCCCCCGCAGCUGCUUUCGCACCAGCUCCGGCACCUACGGCUGAGGCGGUUGCGCCCGCCGCGUCAGCAUCCUCAGCAGCAGUUGCAAACAGCACCGAUCAACAAGAAGAUCAGCCUGUUGCGAUGGAGGAAGAUACUCCGCUGCUCGCGGACCCGCCUGUAGUUCCAGCGAGUAGUGACGCUCCUGUCCUCGCGCAGGAAGUUAGUGUGUCGCCGCAGAUGGAAGUCGAAGUUGUAGUUCCUCCCGCCGACGAGGCUUCGGCAUCCGCGCCGGACAAUGCCGCUGCUGCUCCCGCGGCACCACAGCAAGCAGAGCCUUCGGCAGCAUCCGUAGCGGCACCUGCCCAGGAAGCCGAAGCAGAGACCUCCGUGGCGGCCGCCGCGGAAAACAACAACGACACCAGCGGCGACGCCGUCAUGGAAGACGCGACGCUGGUAUCAGUGGAAGGUUCUUCCGCACCAGAUAUUGCCGCAGCUGCUGAACCCGCAGGAACAAGUGCGGAAAACAACGGAAAUGUAGAAUCAGCAUCCGCUGUCGCAGAUGCAGGUACGGCCGGUGAGGCAGCGGCAGAAAAUGCUGGUUCAGAUGCAGCCGCCGCCGCCGCCGCGCCGGCCGCUGCGGAGCCGGAGGAACCCGAUCUGGACUACGCGCUACCGCCCUUGCGAGCGCUGGUGACGUGUCUGAACUUGACACAGAGGCAGAUUCUCAAUGUGACUAGCAUCGAUGCGGAGUUUUUGAUGGCUUUACCGGAAGAUAUGCAGGGCGAGCAGAUGGCGGGCGCGAUCGAGGGCAUUGGUGGCUGCAGCGUGCUGCGCAACGGGGUGGACGACACGGCACGACCUUUACCGGCGCCAGAUAGCGCGGAGGUCACGGGCGCCUUGCCGCAGCUGCCGCCCGACCUGCGUCGGGAGGUGCGGCGUAUGCUGGAGCGCGCGGCCGCCGGACCGGGAGAUGAGGGCGGGCAGGGAGGACAGAGUGCGGAAAUUGACAACGCGACGUUUUUUGCCACGCUAGACCCGGAGACGAGACAAGGAAUUCUUGCCGAGGCGGACGACAGUAUUUUGCAGUCGCUCCCCGCGGACCUGCGCGCCGAAGCGUACGUGAUCCGCGAGCGCCGCGCGCAGCAAAUGGCCAACGAACAAGCCAGAAGGGAGCGCGAUCGCGCCCAGCGGGAACAGUACGCGGCGCAACUUCGGCAACAGCGGGACCAACAGGCCGCAGCCAUGGCUGGAAGCGCAGGCCUUCCACCAGGAACGCACGUGAUCAGGCUGGACCACGGCGCGGGCGGCGGGGAUAUUCAGCGGAGUUUGCAAAACUUCAUUAGCUCGCUCGGUAUUUGAUGCUAUUUUUCUAUGUCACAGAAAAUGAAAGUGUCGUCGGUUAUUUUCUUUGAUGAAGUGGUCUGGCCUUUCUCAUUUCGGACAACUUUCAUGCAACAUCGCAAUUGUACGUACAUGAAUUCCAUCUCCUUCAGGUGUCGACCCUUCUCGAGUCGGUCUGCGCUUCGAUGUGCAGGGUGUCGGCGGCGAAACAGGUACAGCUACUAAAGGUGGCUGCAGCUUGUUUCUUUGAAAUGUUAGAGAGCACAUCAACUACUUCUGCUCGUAUGAGAUCUCGUACAUAAAGGAAGAGGCGCAAGGACGAUUUCUAAGGAUGAGGCAACAUAUUCAGAAAUCCAACGCGGAGGCGAGUUUUCUCUUCUGUGACGAUUCUGAACUCACGAGCUUUUUAACCCUGAUGGAAACGUCUUGUCGCAACCAUUCACUGAGUGAUACAGUAUUUUUCAAUAAUCUUCCACGCGGCCCGAGCCCGAGCGUGCGAACGCAGAAGCGCACGCAGCGCCUGGGCAUAGAAAGCAAACGCACAUGCUCUGGGAGGUCACAGAAUCGAUCUUCUGCCACAUGAAAACACAUUUUCAACACAACAGCCUCCCUGGAUCCGCACCAGAUGCUGCAGAUGUUCUCGUCCCCAGGGUCGUUUAUGGAGCUGAUAACGGGUCAACGGCCGUCUGCGAGCGGCGCCGCGUUUGGCGGACCCUCCGCCGGGGGAAGCUCGUCGCGGCAGGCGAGCCCGGGCCAGUUGCUGGGAGACAGCCGGAAUUACCUCUUCCAGCCGACCAACAGCGAAGUGCUCGAGUCCGACGUGAUACGCGCCAUCCUGCGCAGGUUCCAGGACGAGCUCGGAGUUCUCGGAGGUGGAGGACCUCCUUCGCAGCUGUUGCAGAUUCCAGGACCACUCCCGCCAAUACAGUCCAGUUCUUCCUCAUCCAGCAGCAGCACCGGUCUGGUCGCCCCCACAACGCCGCAGUCGGCCCAACUGCAGCAACUUUCCGCGUUUGACGAACAGCACACGUUGACCCUGUGCAAGCUGAUCUUUACGCAGAGGUUUUUGCGCAUCGGUAGUCUAGUCCGUCAAGUUCUGUUCCACGUGUCCUUGCAUCCUACCGCAAGGUCGAACGUUUUGGCCUUCUUUUUACAACUCCUCUCGGGCAGCAGUCUCGUGCAGUUCUGCAUCGAAGACGACAGUGUGUGCGCUCAGUGGUCACCAAGGGCGUUGAGGGGAGGAGAGGAAGUAGAGAUGAAUACAACUACGACGAGUGUAGCAAAUAAGCCAAUCGAAGGAGUAGAUCAGAUCUGGAAGACGGGGAGUAGUAGUGGUAGUAGUGGUAGUGGUAGUGCUCCUGCCGCUGCCUCGUCGUCCUCUUCGGGAGGUUCAACUGCGUUGCUCAUCGGCCAAACGCAACAGGCGUCCUCCUCAUCUUCCAGCAGCACUGCGCCGGCAUUCGCCUUCCAGCCACCGCAGCGCGUAAGCAGAACUACUGCAGCUCGUGGAGGUGCAAAACAGGGUGAACAAGCAACCGAUCCGAAUGAACGUCUGCUGACGAGAACGGUAGCGCAAGACUUGGUGAAAAUGUAUGGGAGUACAACUAGUAGUUCCACCUCUUCCAUCCAGUCGCUGACCAACCAGCAACUGGACAACCUCCUCCUCCAUUCCAGUCGGAAUGUGACAAGAUCGCAGGCCGGGGUGAUUCUCCGCGGCCGAGCGCUGGAAGGAUUGCGGGACAUCGUGUUGCGCGUGCCGCACGCCAGUGCUUUUUUCUUGCAGAAUGACAACGUGAGUAAGCUCAUUCUGUUGACCGACGUGAUUGGUUACGAAAACGCAAAUCACGUCAACCUCGUGAUCGAAACCUGCGAAUCGCUGCUAACCUUUGGCGGGUCGGAGAGUCUGGCGUCGUGGCACGUGAUGCAGGCCAUGGAUCAGUACUACAACCAGGCGGAGGAGGCCUCGAAGCAAUUGCGAAAAUCACUUCGGCCAGACGCGACAAAGUCUUUAGUGCAGUACCUGUGUCUCGCCCCCUACUCCCCGGACCACGACGGAGCGCUGAGGAAAACGAAGAACAUGCUGGUGCGGCUCAUGGCGGAUGAAAUCGAGAGCCAGAGUUUACAGUUUCCGUUGCCAGAGGAGUUGAUCGAGAAGCCUCCGGUGGAGAAGAAGGAAGAGAAUCAGUCUGGUGCAGCAAAAACAGAAGGCGAUGCAGUUGAAAAGGCAAAUUCUCCUGAUAAGAAUGCCUCAGACGGAACAGCAGCUGCAGCUGCUUCUAAGGCGAACGAGGAAAAACCAGAUGUGGAGAUGAAGCCGAGCGAAGGUGAAGCAGCGGCGGCUGUCGGAAGCUCUGGUUCUGCUGCGCCAUCUGCCGCAGCAGAUCCUGUACCAGCACCUCCGCAAUUGACCGAGCAAGAGAAAAAGCAAAAGGAGGAAGCGGAGAAGAAGCAAAAGGAAGAAGAGAAGAAAAAGGAGCAGGAGGCAAAAAAGAAAAUUGAGGAAGCGAAAAAGCAAGCAAGGGCGGAUCUGUGCCAACGAAUAAGCGACAAUCCGACGAAGAAGCUGCAGUUGCUGUACCAGUUGCUCUUGGUGAACACGUCCCGCGUGAUCCAACGCGUCUCCAGGUCGGAGGAGCACGCCGAGGGCGGACCGGAGGCGUUAUUUUUGAGGUUGUUGAAAAUGCUGCAAGAGCUGUUUGUUUCGGAGCGGAAGGAGGCGGAAAGAAGUAUCAACAGGAAAAUUCUCGCGGAGAAGAGAAAGCAGGAGCAGAACGCCGCGGCGCUCGCGGGGGCAGGCGGUGCGGCGGGGACUAGUAGUUCUUCCUCGUCGUCGAAGUUACUACCCGUAACCGGCUCCUCCUCCGCCUCGUCCUCCUCCAAACUUCCGCCGCCACUCGACACGAGUCAGAGCUUGCUGACCGGGAUAAAUCAGCCGAUCAGCACGCCGCGAAAGGAAGAAAUGAAGGACAAAGUUGCGACGGAGCUGCUGACCGCCGAAGAGCAGGAAGAAUGCACUAGGGCGGGGAUAGCGAAACUGCAGGCGUUUUUGGAUUCCGCAGGCGUCGACGAGCUUUGGAAUUUCUUAGACCGGACGUUGACAAAGGUAAUUAGCUUGUCGUGAGCAGAGAGAACCGCCCAAAAUUUUUGAAAUGUCAAUGAGCGCUGUGGGUGGUGAGUGCUGGGUGGUUUUUUUCUCUUGGGACUUGUUUAUGAUGCGUCACUCAUACAAAAUACACAGGCUACGGAAGAGGCCCCAGGGACGACGAGCAAGUUGCCUGCAACAUCCUCAGCAACCCCAUCGACCGCACCUACGACUCCCGCAAGUGGCGAAAUCGACCUUACGAAGCAGAUGCCCUUGAUAGAAGCGCUGUUCCUCUUCCACUGCGGUGAGGACGCGAAUUCGAGCAAGCAGAACAAAGCCCGGGAUCGCACGGUGAGUAAGGAUUCUGCAAAGGAGGGGGAGAAGGAGUGGCUCCGCGUUUCCACCAACGACGAGGAGAAUAACGAGGAGGACCAGGUGAACCCGAGGAUACAGAAACUGAAAGUUUUCUCCGAAAGGCACAGCCGGGCGAUAAACCACUCCGUCAAGCAAACGCCGAAUCUACUGCAGAAGAGCUUGGCGCCAAUAGUAAUUUUUGUUUUGAUCUUGAGUUUUUAUUUUUAAUUGAUUCUGCCACCCUGUCCCUGAUGCUUAUGAUCUUGGUCGCGAGGUUACUGACCUCGCAGAGAUAUUAAACCCCACUGCAAUCUUUUCCUUUCGCGUAUAUCUACUUUGUCAGGCUGUUGUGGAGAAGUUCUCCACUCGGUCUUGUUGACAAAAGGUCUCACGUUUCAUCCACGUACGAGUGACCGCUGCUCUUGCGCGCAAAACAACGAAAAACGUCCGAUUCUAAUGCAGUUACCACUUUUUUUCAGUCCGGCGAGUGCGGGAAACUGAGUCAGUUUCUUGCGCUCGCCUGGCUUGAUCUUCGUAGUGGUUUUCUGUUUCGCUGUCGCGACGACACUGGAGUUUGAUAGAAAUGCUUGCAGAGUCUCUGUGACUGCAGAGGGAGUUGUUCUUGAAAAACGGAAAACUUUUAUGGAAUUUUGAUCACUUUGACGUUGGGCAUUGAAGCAGCCUUGCCACUUCGAAUAUCGAUUUUCAAAACUACUUUCUACUACAUAUCUUCUGACUAUGCAGGUGAAAUAUUGCCCCUACAUUCUGGACUUCAACAACAAGCGAACUUUCUUCAAGCAGAAGAUCAAGCAGGGCCGGGAUUCCGGGCAUCGGUACUCCACCCUCAGGUUGAACGUGCGAAGAUCCGCGGUCUUUCUCGAUACCUACCACCAACUUCGGUUAAGAACGGCGGAUGAGAUGAAGGGAAAGGUGGCUAUCACCUUCCAGGGCGAAGAAGGUAUGGACGCGGGGGGGCUGACGCGGGAGUGGUAUGUGGCGCUGGCAAAGGACAUGUUCAAUCCAAAUUACGCCCUGUUCGAGCAGGCCGCCGGAAAACAGUCCACGUUUCACCCGUCUGCUUUGUCCGGGGUCAACAGCGAACAUUUGUCGUUUUUCCGAUUCGUGGGCAGGAUAAUAGGCAAGGCGGUCUUCGACAACGCGAACAUACCAACGUACUAUUUUGUUGAUGUUAGUUCUUGUUGACACAGUGCAGUCUGUCUUGCGUGAUAGGUUUUCUUGCUAGACGUUCGAUACACGCAGGACGAAGAUCCUAUCUUCAUCAAAACAAAAACUCUAUCCAGGUUCUUCACCCGGUCCCUUUACAAGCAGAUGCUGAAGCGGCGCGUUGCGCCGCAGGACUUGGAGGCGUUGGAUCCGGAGUACUACAAGCAAGUGCAGCAAAUCAUGCACAACGACGUCACGGAGAUGUACCUCACCUUUUCGAUAUCCUGCGUAAAAACGUCCCCACCCCAUAGUCAAGAUUGGAAAUCUGCAAGACAAAUCAGCCAGCUUUGGUUGUUGCGCAUGACAAAGUUUGGCGCGAAGUGUAAUCGUCUUUAUCUAGUGCAGCAGCAGCAUCACAGAUCUAGCAUAUCCUGCUGAUUUGAGCAUCACAAAUCUAUCUCACAAUACCGCUAGAAAAUGCUUUUCAUGGGUCUCCGCAUGAGAAACAUUUUAAGCAUGCAGAUUUGCAGCUCUGGGGUGGGGAUGUUUUUGCACAGUAUAUUCCACGGAACGACAGGAAUUCGGGCAGACGAAGGAGUACGACUUGAUCCCGAACGGGAGCAAAGUGGACGUGACCAACGAAAACAAGCACGAGUACAUCCAGAAAAUGGCGGAAUUCAAGCUGUUAGGGUAUUCAAAAUUGUCGUGUUCUGCAGCUGGAGAUGAUUUUUUACGGAUUAGAUAUCUAUCUUGGUUUGAUCACUUUUGCAAGGAGGCUGAUGGUUUUUUUGGUAACAUUUUUUCAUCAUGAUUGAGAAAGUUACGUGUUUUACACAUGAACCACAGGGCUGUAAAGGAGCAAAUCGCGUCGUUUUUGUCCGGGUUUCACGAGCUGCUACCGCCGGAAAUCCAGAUCUUCGAUGACAAGGAAUUGGAGCUGUUGAUCGCAGGAAUGCCAAAGAUCGACCUGAAAGACUUACGGGCAAACACUGAGUAUAAUUCUUUUGCAUGAUUUUCUUGAAAAAUUUCUGAAGGUGGGAGUUUUGUUCACCACGGCUACGCAUUAGAUGAGCACUGAAAAAAAAAAAAUCCACUAUGCUCCUACUUAAAAUAGGUACACCAACUACACGGAGAAUUCGGACCAGAUCAAAUGGUUCUGGGAGGUCAUGGGCGAUUUCACGGAAGAGCAGAAGGCGCAGUUCUUACAAUUCGUGACCGGCACCUCCCAGGUCCCGCUGGACGGGUUCAAGGCCCUGAUUGGGAUGCGGGGCCCGCAAAAGUUCUCCAUCCACCGGGCCCACACCACGGAGCGGCUACCCUCCGCCCACACGUGCUUCAAUCAGCUGGAUUUACCGGAGUACACAAACAAACAGCAACUAAAAACCAAGCUGAUUCAGGCUGUGGAAAUGGCCUACGAAGGGUUCGGGUUCAUUUAAGGGAAAGAUAUGGACCACUGUAGCUGCUGUGGAUUGGCAAAUAGAUUUUUCCUAAAUGUACUUCUUCGCGAGUGGUUUUUUCUUCCUCUACUGGAACUGGAGGAAGAAAGGUAGCGUUUUGAAACAAAUGCAGUGUGAUGUAACUAACUUCUUCUGCUUCGCGCGUAAGCACGAUGUGUACUUAACUUCCCAUUUGGAAAUUUUCUUCGCUUGAUGCAGUAGCCGUUGGCUCGCCAUCAAUUACAUCGAAUUUUGGUUUUGCAAAGUCGUGAUGAUGCUCUUGAGUUUGUUGUUUUCCGACCCUCAACCUCGAGAGCAAAAGGCAUCACGCUGUAUUCCAGUCCAUAAGUAGUAGCAUAGGAUAUCAGAAUCUACUGAAGUUUUCUCGACUGCCCGGCCAGCUUUGAUGCUCGAGCUGGCUUCUCGUUAAGUACUACCCCUCGUGCAGCGAAAGGUCCGUAGUUGUGCACAACUAAGAACCUUCUCCAGCGACCCUAAUUGACAUAGUGAAAAUGUUCAAAAAAAAGCUAAUCCCAGCACGGUAAACCGACCCAAUCAAGAUUGGGAGCAUUCCUACCCUCGAAGCAAAUAGAGCUCUUCUCGGACCAUCAAUUCUGCUGGGAUGAGAAGUUGCUCGAAAGAAAAAACAAGUUCUUGAAUGUCCACUGACUUCUGUUGCUUUUCAUAAAAAACGACUCAGCGAAUAACGAAACGAAAGAAGGAGACGACUGAAC